AUAAUCUGCUUACUUGAUAAUUUUUUCCAGUUUUAGUGUGAAAUUUGAGUACCUAGGUAACCGUUCAUCUUUGCUAACAUGGCAAGUCGAAUUGCUUGGAGCAGCCCUCCUGAAGAUGAGUGGACAUCAGAAGAGCUUCUAAAUCAGUUUACAAAAGCUGUACAGUUAAGUGGCACUUGCCCAGAAGAGUUGCAGCGUGCUAAGGAAGAAGCCAAUGAAAAUUCAGAUAAUGAAGAUGACGAUCACAAUAGUGAUCUACAUGACAAGGAGAAUCCCAAAAAAUCAGAACCUUACAAGAAUAAGUAUUCAGCUCGCCUGAUGCUCCUUGAAAUAAAGACUUUCCUGGUUAAGCAGCUUGAUGAGAUGUCUGUUGACCAAAUUUCACAGGGCCUGGAUAAGCAUGUGCUGCAAAGACUUCAAGCUGUGCAUUACCAACUGGGUGCAAUAGCUGUGGCUGUAGAAGAGUCAUCAACUGGAGAGUUACAUUUUAACACGAUAAUUGAAAAAUUGAAAGAUGAUGCAAUGAACCCUCGAUGCAUUAAUCUCCUUGUUGCUGCUUACAACCAACUUGGCCUUAUAUGGGGAGAACGUUAUGAGCAUGAAAGGGCAAAGACAGAAUUGCUCAAUGCAUGCAAAAUUUACAAACAAUAUAAAGAAAAACAUAAAAAUUUGGCUCCUAUCUCAAUCAAUGACCUUUUUUUAAAAGUCAAAGUGGAAAAUAUUUCAAAUCAAAAUUCCCAAAAUGGAUCAAUUGUGACAGUAGCUGAUGAACAAGAACCAAACUUUGAUGACCACAUGGGCUCGUGGGAUGACUUGGAACAAUAUCACACUUACACCUUGUACUAUCUUGCCCAGAUUUGUGGCCAUCUAGGAGAAACUGAUGAUGCUGCACGCUACUGUCACUCCACUCUGCACCGCCAGCUUGCUGAUGCUCAUGUCUUUGAACCUUUGGAGUGGAGCAAAAAUGCUGCUAUCUUGUCUCAGUUCUAUUCUAAACAGAGCAAUUACAAACUGGCACGUUAUUUGCUCAGUGCAGCAUGGGCUGUUCUAACCACAAAUUCUCCCACCAAUGAUUCAUCUAAGGCAUGGACUGAGCGAUAUAAUACUGCCAAGGCAGAGGUUGGCAGCACUAUUGGCAAGUUUUGUGUCAAGGUGCUACAAGACUCAGAGGCUGCUCUAGAUAACCCUCCUCCAGGCGGGGAGCCUGCUGACAGUGAUGAGGCAGCUGAAACUCGGGAAGAGAAGAAGCUUUUUCAAGGCCUUGAUGAAGAGACCUUGAAUGACAUCCAGCAACGGUUGCCCAGUGGACUGGUCCGUGAUUACGAAGGGGCUCGUGCUGUCUUCCUGGCCGGUCUUGAGUUCUUGGAGAAAGUUACCAGCUUCUACACAUUAGAGGACUACGCUUCACUGCACACAGAAGCUGUACAGAGCAUCAGUAGGCUCUACCAGGGACUUGCUGUGUUUGAGCCUCACCCUGACAGGCAGAGCAAGAUGCACAAGAGACGCGUGGACAUGCUGACGCACCUUCUGAACGAGCUCAACCCGCAGUAUUAUCUUCAGGUGUGUCGCCAGCUGCGCUACGAGCUAGCCGAGACCUACUCCAAGAUGGCGGCCUGCAAGGAGCCGUCUUCUGCUGCCGGCCAGGCCUCCCUCACCCCCAGCCAGUGGGCCAAAAUAACGUCUCUGAAUCUCGAGAGUAUUUCAUCCUUCAAAUUAUUCCUCAAAUCAUUCGAAGACUCCAGUGGCAACGCGCCUUCCCGCUACCCCGAAGAAGCAGAGCGCGCUGCUGUUGUUGCUCUCUUCUACAUGGGGCGCUUGUGGAACAAAAUGAAAGUCACCAGUCGCCCGCAAGCCAUUCAAAACAUCAACAAUGCCAUUGAUUGUUUCAAGCAAGUGCUGGAGUACGUGGAGCGCAACCCCGAAUGUCGUGACAAGCUGACCGACGAACUGGAGCUUUGUGAGGAACUGGUGCAGCUGCUGCCUCACAAGUUAGCUCAGCUGCAGUAAUGUUCGGACUGCGGGAACUGGUGCAGCUGCUGCCUCACAAGUUAGCUCAGCUGCAGUAAUGUUCGGACUGCGGAAACUGGUGCAGCUGCUGCCUCACAAGUUAGCUCAGCUGCAGUAAUGUUCGGACUGCGGAAACUGGUGCAGCUGCUGCCUCACAAGUUAGCCCAGCUGCAGUAAUGUUCGGACUGCCGGAACGGGGCUACAGAAGAGCAACCCCUAGCACUUCACAGGCUGGUUUUGGGCCAGUAUAUAGAUUACAAUGAUGAACAGUUUAAAAUAUUACAAUGUUACGGAAUGUGAAGAAUUGCGUAAUUCACGAAUGCCUACUGUACUUGUCAUUCCAUUUAUUCAUAUAUUCAGGAUGUAUUGAUAAUUUGCUUUUUCUUUAGAAGUGACUAUUUAACCACGAAUUCCAAUGCUCCAAUCAAGCACGUUAAAAACUCUUAAGAAUGGCGUUUGCUUUCCUUUUAAUAUAGGAUAAUACCGAUAAAUAUAUAAACCGGUGUUCCGUUUCUCAGCCACAUAGCAUGUUGGCAAAUUUUAACCAAGGAAUGUUACCGACAAGUAACCAGUCAUUAGGUACACUGUUUCUGUGAUGUCAAGGAUACAAAGAUCUCAAGUUAACUUAAUUAACCAAUUAUACUUUCAAGUGUAAACCCUUAUGAUUUAGGCAUUAUUUUCAGUUUUGUGCUUACUUUUUUGUCAUUGAUGCACAAUUAGUUUAAGAUUGAAAUAGUUGGAGGAACUAUGUCAAUGUGUGUCACUAGCACAAGAAAGAGCAAGUAAGCGUAUUUAAAGUUAUAAUGCAUCCAUCUUGCAUCUUCAUUCAUGCUCCCAGUAUUUUACUCGAAUGAUGGAACGAAAGCCUUAUAGAGAAAGUUUAUUGCGAAUUUAUAUUAACAUAUUCAUAUAUCCCCUGACACUUUGAGUAUAAAUAAAAUAUGAAGAAAUC